CUUGGUACGGUUUACUAUUGGAAUUUGUUCUCGGUUGCCUGGUUAGGAGCCAUGGAGAGUGAUUUUUAUCUGCGUUACUACGUUGGUCACAAGGGCAAAUUCGGCCACGAGUUUCUGGAGUUUGAGUUCCGACCCGACGCUGAAGACAUUAACCUGCAGAGAUAUGGUUUGCCAGUCACAAAAGAGUCUGCCUGUGUUCCUUUAUCGCACCUGAGCUGCCUUUUGCAAGAACCGUAAUUCAGUGUCAGCUGUAUUUUUGGCUGUGAGGCUAUUUGAUAGCCUAAAGUGAAGAAUUGAAACGACUACUCCCAUUGAAGCACCAAAGGGAAAUUGAGAUAUGCCAACAACAGCAAUUACAAAAACGAUGUCAUGAUCAGAAAAGAGGCAUAUGUACAUAAAAGUGUGAUGGAGGAACUGAAGAGAAUAAUUGAUGACAGUGAAAUUACCAAAGAAGAUGAUGCUUUGUGGCCUCCUCCUGACCGAGUGGGCCGGCAGGAGCUUGAAAUUGUCAUUGGAGAUGAACACAUUUCUUUCACAACAUCAAAAAUUGGUUCUCUUAUUGAUGUUAAUCAAUCCAAGGAUCCAGAAGGCUUACGAGUAUUUUAUUAUCUUGUCCAGGACCUGAAGUGUUUGGUGUUCAGUCUUAUUGGAUUACACUUCAAGAUUAAGCCAAUCUAGAUUGAAUAUUGGUGUGGACACAAGGGGGGUGGAAGUAGUUGUUUUUAAUUACCAUUAUCAGGAAAUUUUUGUGUAUAUCAGGGCAGUAUUUUUUUUAUAAACUAAAAAUGAUUGUCUUUAAUAAAUAUGAAACAAAAUGCAAUUUUUAUUAU